UCCCUUUUUUACAACACUGCGCUACAUUAGUUAUCUUGAACGCCUCUGGGUUACCAUGUUGUUGGCUUACGGCUACGUAUCACUUUUUGUGGAGUGGCCGGACUACGCAAGCAAGCAAGCAAGCAUCUGACAGCGCACAUAAAUCACCAAUGCCAUGCUGCUGCUUAGAAGAUGCCAACGCCUAACUAGAUGUGGUUGCCUCGCUCCUCAAAGAGCUCAAGCGUCACCUGCGGCGGCGGCGUUCGGUGCGGUUCGUCUCACGAGCAGCAGCAGCAACAGCCAUGACCGGCGAUCAGAGCACCCUGGUUGGAGGCAAGCCUUAGCGGGUCUGCUAGCCGGGACAGGAGCUGUACUGGCUUAUGGCCUCCACCACCACAAGGCGCAGCAGACCGAGGGCAUUAGCGUCCACGCCAAAGCACAGACGGCUCCUCUUCCCAUCUUCAGCCAAGAGGAGGUCACGAAGCACCGUACCCUGCAAGAUGGCGUGUGGGUCACUUACAAAGGCGGCGUCUAUGACAUCACCGAGUUUGUCACCAUGCACCCCGGCGGGGAUAAAAUCCUGCUGGCCGCAGGUGGAGCCCUGGAACCCUUUUGGGCUCUGUAUGCGGUGCACAACCAGGACCACGUGCUCGACAUCCUCUCGGAAUACAAGGUCGGCGAGUUGAAAGCAGAAGAUCAGAAGAAGCAGCAGAGCUUGACGACAUCGGAUCCGUACUCCUCUGAUCCCGAGCGACAUCCCGUCCUGCGUGUCAACAGCCAGAAGCCGUUCAACGCCGAGCCCCCUCCUGAAAUCCUCUCGGACAGCUACAUCACACCUUCUGCUUUCUUCUUCAAGAGGAACCACUUGCCCGUUCCUCAGGUGGACCCGGCGUCAUAUGAGCUGCAGGUGCACGGACUCCCUGGCGGAGUUCUGCGGCUCUCAUUGGAGGACUUGAAGAAGCGCUUCCCGAAGCGUACAAUCACAGCCACGCUGCAGUGCGCCGGGAACCGGCGCUCCGAGAUGAACACGGUCAAGCAGGUGAAAGGACUUAACUGGGGCAUCGCCGCAAUCAGCAACGCCACCUGGGGUGGCGCUCUCCUCCGAGACGUGCUUCAGGCGGCCGGCUACGGUCCCGACGUGGCGCCCUGGGCUCGCCAUGUUCAGUUUGAGGGACUGGAUAAAGACGUGACGGGGACGACGUACGGUGCAUCGAUUCCUCUCAACAAGGCCGUCAGCGAGGAAGGCGACGUGCUGCUGGCCUACGAGAUGAACGGGGAACCGCUUCCGGCCGACCACGGCUUCCCCGUGCGGGUGGUGGUGCCGGGAACCGUGGGCGCCCGGAACGUCAAGUGGCUCUCCAAGAUCACGGUCAGCGCAGACGAGAGCGGCAGCCACUGGCAGCAGAACGACUACAAGGGCUUCUCCCCCGCCACCGACUGGGACACCGUCAACUUCAAGUCGGCCCCGGCCAUCCAAGAGCUGCCCGUUCAGUCCGCCAUCACCGCACCCGCGGAUGGCGCCGUGGUCUUCCGCAGCGGCGAGGAGCUGACGGUGAAGGGCUACGCAUGGAGCGGCGGAGGGCGAGAAGUGGUGCGCGUGGACGUGUCUCUGGAUGGAGGGAAGACCUGGCAGGUGGCCCGGCUGAGGGGUGGCGGCGGUGACGACGAGGGGCAAGCUCCGGAGGUUUCACCCCCGCCCGGGAGAGCCUGGGCCUGGAAGCUCUGGGAGCUCACGGCCCCGCUCCCACCGGACGCGCGGCAGCUGGAAAUAGUCUGCAAAGCCGUGGACAACAGUUACAACAUGCAGCCUGACACCGUCGCCCCCAUCUGGAACCUGAGGGGGGUGCUGAGCAACGCCUGGCACAGGGUAAAGGUCAACAUCAGUGAGGAUGAGGAGUAGACCUCAUUAAAACGCUUGAUCAACUUGCAUUGUGCCGCCAUCAUGAUCUCUGCAGUAUUUACAAGAAUGAAGUGCCAAACUUAAGUGCAAUUAUCCUUCUCUUGUUUUUAUUUCUUUCAAACAAAGCUCUGCCAAAUAUUAGUAUGUAUAUUCAAUGUAUUAGUAGUAACAUUUCAUUGAAAUUAUU